AUGAUGUAUCGCCCGCGGGGCGCGGCCGUGGCUGUGGUGGGGCCGGCCCGGCUGAAGGAAGGUGACAGCGUCACCCUGCGAUGCACCAGCCAGAGCCACCCACCGGCCACCAAGUACCGCUGGUUCCAGGGGCCACGCCGGGCUCUGCUGCGCGGGCUGGGCCGGGGCCCCGAGGUGACAGUGCCGGCCGUGGGGCGCCACUCGGGGCCCUACCGCUGCGCCGCCGAGAACGAGAUCGGCCUGGGGGAUGACUCCGCCCGCCACGCACCUCGACGGGAGUGUGAGGGGGCAGCGGGACGCGGGGUCCUUUCCCCGCUAGGGGCACAGGACCCGAUCCGGGCACAGGGCGGGGGCAGGCUCAGUGGGGGGGUGCUGGCCCCGAUCCGGCCCCUGGGCGGGGCACUGGCUGACUCAGGGGCGGCCGGGGGAUCUGGGCUUGGUAUCCCACAUGUCCCGUGUCCCGUUGCAGACCCGCCGGAGUUGCUGCCAUGGGGGAACUGCACGGUUCGGGGCAGCGGGCCUGGGGAGGAGGCCACAUGUCACUGCGCAGCUGAGGGGAACCCCCCGCCCCGCCUAGAGUGGCGCCUGCCCAACCGCACCCUCCCCGGGGACUUCGAGGGCCCAGAGCUGCGGGCGACUUCGUGGGUGCGGGGCCCCGUCGUGAGCGGGGAGCUGCGGGGCCCUGCCGGGGCCCUGGCCAACGUGUCCUGCGCUGUCACCAACGCCCAUGGGCAGAGCCAGGCUGCGCUGCCGGCUGUGCCCGCAGGGGACGAUAAUUUGCUGCUCAUGAUCUCCAGUGGAGUGAUUGGCGGCGUUCUGCUCCUCUCAGUGCUGGCGAUCAUGGUCUACAAGGUAGCCAGAGCCAGGAAGGACGAAGAAGAGGGUCCCUCGAUCUACGACAACGAAGGCAACGGGGAGCAGAGGCAGUCUCUCAAGGGGGGGAAGCCGAGCAAGGCAAAGAAAGAGGAGCAGUUCAACCUAUACAGCAAGGCAAAGGCCGGGGGAGAGGAGCUGGGCAUUGAUGACUACGAGGCCAUGGAGAGAAUGGAAGACUAUGAGAAUUUAGCAGCAGGAGGAGCCGGACAUUACGGGAAUGUUGGCACCUGGCAGCCGCAUUUGCUGUCUGAGCAGAUCUACUCCAAUGUCUAACCCUAGAGUGGGAGCGGAUGGGCCGCAAAUGCUUCUAAAUAUCUCUUCUAUUUAAACAAGUGCUUGUAUAGCUAGGAGUAAUAAUAGCUUGAUCCGUGGGGGUGAGCGGUGGGAUGGCUGGUGAGGACCUGGUGGGGGCAGUGGGAUAUGCCUAGAGCCAACCCAUGUCAGGGACUGAGGUAGUAAGUUGAAUCACUGGGAGCAACAUGAUGCUAGAGGUGCGAUAUAGAGAGGGGAAACCUGGUGUGAGCGGUGGGAUUUAGCUAGAGUGAACUGGUGCUAGAUGCGGGAUUGCUGGAAAACUAACCAAACCACGCAUCCCUGCCCAUAGCCAUCUGCCCCCGCCAGGGAUGGUUUAGUCACCCUGUGUAGCUGUAAAAGACCCCACGCGCCCACCAGCCCCGGGCCACAUGCCAGCUUCCCUGGUCAUACGCUGAUGUCCACAUGCCCCCCGUCCCCCAGAGAUGCCCAAUCAGAUUUGGUGCCCCUUGAUGACAUAAGACUAGACAUCCAGUGGGGUGACGCCCCUCGUAUCAGCUGGUCUCUGUGCCAGGUCCCAUUAACCCCCUCGGGGCUGGAGCAGAGUGAAAUGCAUGUAGGAUCAUGCAAGGUUAAGAAGAGAGGAUUUUUCUACCUUCUCCAAUUUCCUAAGGGUUAAAAAAAUCCCCCUAAAAUCCUGGAAGGGGAGAAUCUCAGGGUCUUGAAAGGUUCAAAGACCCCAUAGGGGCAGAGUGAAAGGGGGUGACUUGAAACCCUGUUGAUUGUGAAGGAACCGAUCACAUCUGCCACUGGGUGCAAUUUUACUGCUAGGUUUAAUAUUAUUAACCCCUGGGACUCCCGGCCACUGGAUAUUAGUUAAGCCCUGCAAAUCAUGGUUACAGAGCUUUGAAAGGCUAUAUUUCACCCCACUGUUCUUUUCUAACUCUGAGGUCCACCCCAGCUGCUUUGCCCCAAACCAGUGGUGGAUUUUACUGUAAGAUUUUCAAAAUAUACGUCUCUAUUUUUGUACUUUCAA